CUGGUCACAUGACUAGAGCGAGGUUGAAGUAGCAGAACCUUGAAGUCUGAAAAACACCAGACUUGGGAAGGAAUUGGGGUUGAAAAGCAUUACCAAUUAAAACAUGAAGCAAGUCAGCCGUUUCCUGUUCAUCUUGUUGCCGUGGAUCCCAGGCCUUCUCUAUGGGAUGACGACUCAGGACGAACUUACAGUCCUGGAGGGUAACUCCGUCACUAUCCCCUGUCAUUAUGAGCCCGAGUAUGGCAGCUACGUGAAGUAUUGGUGUCGGGGAAAGAUGAGGGAAUUCUGCACCAGCUUGGCUCGCACAGAUGACUCCCUCUCUGACAGCCAGUCUGAGGACAAAGUAAGCAUUUUUGAUGACCCGAUCCAGGAGGUCUUCACAGUGACAAUGAAGAACUUAAAGGAAGAGGAUUCUGGCUGGUACAUGUGUGGCGUAGAGCUUGGCGGAUUUUGGAAACCCGAUAUAAGUGCCUUCAUUUACGUCAAGGUUACCCCGGGAAUGUCUGUAGUGAAGGGCAUGCUGAGUGAGGAGGAGGGACAUAGUGUCACGGUUCAAUGUCUCUACAGUGUCAGAUACAGGGAAAGUGAGAAGAAGUGGUGUAGGAGUGGAGACUGGAGCUCCUGCCUGGUUACAGGCCAUGAAGGUAGCUACGAAGAUACGUCUGUAGCCAUCAGUGAUGACAGAACUGGGACUUUGACCAUAACCAUGAAGAAGCUGCACAUGAGCGAUAUGGGCUGGUAUUGGUGUUCGGCCGGACAGCAGCAGAUUGCGGUGCAUGUGCAGGUCUUACACCGACCAUCAACUACAGCAGCAGUGACUGUGACAUCCCGAGCUGCAGCGAGCGAACCUGUUGUGGAUGCAGCUGGCCCCAAGCACAUCACAAAGGAUUGCGGGAAGCGUCAAAUUUUCACCGUGCCAUCUGUCAUGAUGUGUGUGUCAUUGAUGCUGCUUGUAGCCUUGCCGAUAUUAGCAAGGAGAAUGUGGAAACAUAGUAAACAAAACAACAACACCUGCUCUGCUUCACUGGCAAUGACACAUCCACUACAUAAGUGUGUCAGAAGUCUGGACGGGAGAUUGUGCGUCGGUGGAAUGUACGCAAAGCCAGAACAGUUUGCUAAGAUAAGACAAACUAUGGGAAUGAAAGCAAGACACAAGACCUACAAAGGAGGACUAUGGGAUCUUGGUGACCUGCAAAAAAACCCAGCAGUAGUUUUCCUCAACAUUAAUCCAUCGGAUGCCAAGGUGUACUGAAAUAAAAUGCCACUGUUUUUCUUUUCCGUUGUGACUGUCUCGAGCAUUAAACAAAAAGGAGGUAAGAUAACUUUGUAUGUACUGUAAAUGUCACUUUAACUUCUGGAUAAAUGCACAUGCACACAAACACACACAAACACACACAUAAUCAAACUUAACCACAGCAUUUCUAAAAGUUAAUGCAAUACAAAAUGCAUUUACGGGACAUGCUGCCGAAAAUAUAUAUGAAAGAAGUUAAUCAAUAAAUUGGUUUUGUUCUUGUU